AUGUCACGUGGCAAAAGUACGCGUACCCUCCCAGGACCACACGCAAGCCUUUUCUUUCUCAUUAACAGCCAUGGCGAGCUCUUCCGUCUAUUCUUCGCCCGAAACAACUUCCUGAGCGAGAAGGGAUUGCCAUUGCCCAAGGCUACCAGUACCGGUACAACUAUCGUAGGAUGCCUUUUUGAGGACGGAAUUGUUCUUGGUGCAGAUACACGGGCCACUGAGGGCCCUAUUGUCGCGGACAAAAACUGUGAAAAGAUCCACUAUAUCUCAGAAUCAAUUAGAUGCUGCGGUGCUGGUACAGCCGCCGAUACCGAAUUCACGACGGCGCUUAUAUCCUCCAAUAUGGAGCUCCAUGCUCUCCAUACUGGCCGUAAACCGCGAGUGGUGACGGCGAUGACGAUGCUGAAGCAGAUGCUGUUCCAAUACCACGGUCAGAUCGGUGCUGCUCUCGUCCUUGGUGGUGUGGACGCUACCGGUCCCAACCUUUUCACCAUCCACCCACACGGGUCGACUAGUAGCUGGCGGCCGAAUAUGACCGCUCUCACCCUCGUCAAGCAUGCUAUUUCUGCCGGUAUUUUCAACGAUCUUGGCUCUGGAUCCAAUGUCGACGCGUGCAUCAUCACAGCCACUCAUACUGAGAUGCUUCGUCAACAGAAGACAUAUGGGUUCCGACGUGGAACGACGGCAUGGAAGCGUGAGACUGUCAAGAGUUUGAUUGUGGACGAGGAAAUCACGCAACUAGUAGGCGAGGCUAUGGACACGACUUAG